CUGUUUGCUUGUCCCGAAGCAAACCUGACUCAAACCAAUGCAGCUCUUUAGACCUCUAUAGCAACAUGCAACCCCGAUAAUCAGCAAAGGAUUUUUAGAUCAUUUAGCAACUUACGAGUUCAACUGGUCUUCUAAGACGCUUAUAUCUCUCUCAAUGCGAGUACUAGACUCAAGCCAGGAUCAUGACAAUCAGUGGAACUAAGAAAACCAAUUCAUGGAUAAGGAGACUCACACCAUUCAACAACCAAUGACUCAUUCUAUCGGGUGCUCUUUCAUUUCAUUUCACUUGUUGGAACCCCUUCUUCUUACUAUUUGUUUCUCUUUUUUUUUUCUUUUUUUUUUACUUUGCUGUGUUCCAACUGCAGUUUGUAUGCGUAGUUUGCCAUUAUUGGGUGAGCAAGAGCAAUUUCUGUACAUCUGCCGCUUGCCAGAGUACUUCUUUUAACUCCUAUUCCUCACUUCGUGUGGAGGGUCAAUGAAAUUAAGGGGGGUCGGAAGCUCUAUCCGUGCCCUUAAAAACACAUCCUCAAGUAGGCAAACCGUUCAACGGGUGGAAAUUUUACUUGUACUAGAGACAACUUAGCUUCACCUUGUAAGCCUACCCCACCAAGGAUCACUAAAAUCUCUUCCAAAACCCGAUUUUGUGCAAUGAACGGUGCCAUACACGUUGGGCUUACCCCAUUUCUCAAGAUUUCAAAGUUUUUGACAUGGAGGACCAACUACCUUUUCAUUUAACAUAUGAGCACCCUUUUUCAAUACACGAGUACACAACUCAACAUAAGAGGAUUCAUCAAUACAACAUGAAUCAACGGUCCUAAAUCCACUAAUUCACAAAAUCAACCGGCACAACAGAGAGACAAAUAGGAAAAAUCUUAUACUUCAAUGGCUUUGAGGGAACGAUGUUACCGAGAUGAAAGACUGCCGAGGGACUGGAAAUGGACCAGUCAUCGGGGACAGACAAAACGAUGGAACAGUUCUGCAUGAGGGGAACAUGAAUAACACACUAGCACACUGUGCAUUAGGGAUCGGAGUCAGCCCAGAUGGGCACGUAACGAAAAAUCCACAAAAGAAAAACACACAAAAGACUCAGUUCAAGCUCCUCACACACAUGGAGCAAACAAGAAAAAUCGAAAGCACACAAACACACUCGAAUGGACGACGAGUACAGACUACUCGUCGCCGAGGUUGUUGAAGUCGAUGUCAUCCAUGAAAGCAUCGUCACUGGCUGGCGGGGGUGGUAGUGGGGAAUACUCCCAAGGAGUCCUCCAGACUGGCGGCUCGCCCGGUAUCAGUUGGAGCAGGUACUGCUGGACCUCCUGCAUACGACGAUCCCAACUAUUUUACCUCUCAAUGUGAGCAAGGGUGACCCUCUACUGGGCCUCCAUGCGGUCAAUGUGCUCAUCAUAUGCAGCCAUCCAGGUGUUAUACGCGGCAUGGUGGGCCAAGUACUGUUGCUGGAAUAGAAGAUGAUGCUCGAGGAGUUGCUGAUUCUGAAGAUUCAACUGCUGGAACUGGUGAGAGAAGUAGUCCUGGAAUGGAAACGUAGAGCUACCACCCCCAUGCUCAUAGGUGCUCUGGUAGGGGGCGGGGUGGUCGGCAGCAACGUCCACAUCCUCGGAGGUAGCAUCCUCAGGGACCGCGGUCUGAUCCUCCGCAGGGUGGUCGGGAAUGGGGGAAACAGGAAAGCCCUCAAUCCACUUGACACUGCGGGAGACCCUCAACAGGUGCAUCUUCGAGAACGUCUCUUCUCCGAAACACCAAGUGCCACCCUGCUUUGUGCAAUACUAAUAGAGGAUUUGGAAAUAGUCGGCCAGACGGGUGAUGAGUGGGGUGCAGUGGAGGGUCGCCAGAGUCUAAGCACUCUUGUCCAUAGUCCUCGCCACCACAGAUCCCAGGUGGAGAGCAUGGUUCUCAGUGCGUAUCGAGUGGAUGAAGUAGAGGGACCGCCUGGUCAGUGUGUUGGCACUUUUGCCAGCUAGAGUGAAGGACUUCGCGAGCAAGUGGUGGAGUAGGCAAUUCUCGAGCUGCAUAGUGCUAGCCUUCGUCCGCCCCGCAGUGAAGGGGUCCUGAGCGGGCUGAGCUAGCCGGGUGUACAAAGCCUUGAAGGACACACCGGCUGGGUUAGUGACCUUGGUGAACCAAAUCCGGCUCAAAUCGCCCCAAAACGAAGGGAUACGCCAAAAAGGAGGAUGGAAGAUGGGGUAUGGUGCUGGUUUGGUGAAAAACCGACCAAAAAUGGCCGGAAAAUUGCCAAGAGCGCAAAAAGUCGUGGUUCCGGCGAGGGGGAGAGUUUUUCGGCAAGUGAAUGUGAUUUUCUAGCCUCACACAGCCGCGAGUUUUCCGGCGAGUUUUCCAAUGCGCGCGGGUCGCCAUACGGGCAGACCCACACGACCGUGUGGGUGCGGUGUUUGCCCGUGUGAGGCCGAGAAUUCCACACGGCCGUGUGGGGGGGCCCUUUCUGCCCGUUUGGAAAUCCUAUGAGCUUCACACGGCCAAAGGUGAUUUCCACGCGGCCGUGCAUAAUUUAGGCAUGGCAGUGUGAAAUUCCAGAGCCCGGGAUUCGACCAGUUUUCGCGCAAAUGCGAUAUCCGAACCUUUGAAAGCACUUCAAGACUAAAAAACACAACAUUAA